AUGGGCCCGCAGCCCAUUUUACAGGAACGUCAGGAACAAGAGGAACCGAUGGGAGUAGUCCUCUCGGUCGAAGUGGGCCCGCGUGAACGGGGACCAGCGUGGAAAGAGGCAACCGGAAGCCCUACUUCUGUAAACAGCGUCAUUCCGCCAUGGAAUCAACGACAUCAAUCCGGGGGACUAUGGUUGACUGGUGAGGGCAUUCAUGCAGAGUGCCGCGGGUUGCAAAUGUUUGCCCCA